AUGGCGCUCCGCCGCUCGAAGCCCUUCUUGGCGGCGUUCCCGCUCAUCGACGCCGCCAUCGAGGGCGCCGGCGCUGGCGGCGUCCUCUCCCGCGACGAGUUCCGGAGCGCCAGGGCCCGGAUCGUCGAGCUGCUCUGCGACGCCGCGGACGACGAUGAGAAGGUGGAGGGCUUCUGCGAGCUGCUGGACGAGGCCAUGGCGGGGUCGCUCGCCACGCUGCGGGCCGUGCCCCCCGAGAAGAUCGAGCUGGCGUCCGGCGAUCUGGUCGGUGCCGUCGGCGCCCUGAUGAAGGACCACCCGUCGGAGCGGGUCCGUGAGCUCGCGCGCGACGUCGUGCGCGGGUGGAGGGCGGGCGUCAAGGCCGAGCUCGCGAGGGCCAGGGCCGCCAUGGACGUGCUGGACGGACUCUCAUCUACUCCGCCGCCGCCUCUCAGGGACGAGACAGCGCCCAUGGCUGACUACAACACAAAGGCGAAGAAGAUCCCGGAGGAGCCGCCUCGUCCAAGGAAGUCAACCGUCGCCAGCAGCUGCCGCCGUAUCAGCACGGCGGAGUCCAAGAAGGGGGCUCCAGUCGUCGGCACCAGCAACGCGAAGCCAUCAGCGAACAUGGGAGCUCCAGCCAUUGUCCCAGCGCAGCCGAAGAAGACGCCGCCCGCCGUCGAGGCCGAGGACGCGAAGCGGCGGCGCACGAUACAGGUGAUCGAGCCACCACGGCCGCCGCCGGGGAUGAACAAGGGCCAAAUGCAGCGCAACGCGCACCCGGCACGCUGCGCGGCGGCGAGGUGCUUCGUGAAGUCGAGCUCGCUUGGGAUGAGGGUUUAG